AUGUGUCUUUCAUCUUUAACAGUAUCUUUCGCAGAUACAGGAGACCUGUCAGGGAAAGUCUUCACCUUUCCAGAAAAGGGAAGCACAGCUUAUGUGAGACUUACCCCAUCCUCCACCAAGAUCCUGUACUCCGCCACCUUCUGUCUGAGGCUGAGAAUGUUUGUCAACUGGAUUCACAGUGUGAAGAAGUCACUCAAGGCUGGGGGAUCCAUUGCUGGAACAUCCAUCAUACUAGGCCAACAUCAGGGUAGUUAUGGAGAAAGGUUCGAGUCUAGUCAGGCCUUUGUGGGACAGAUCAAAGAUGUGCACAUGUGGGACCAUGUCAUUUCAACAUGUGCUAUCAAGAGCUACAUGCAAGGCCUGGUCCACAGUCAUGGUAAUAAUCUUAGCUGGACAAAGUUGGGUUUCUCUAUUCAUGGACAGGUGCUGUUAGAGGACUAA